UUUUUUUACGGUUUCGCGUAAACGAGUAACUUAACUCGCGUUAAGGAAUUCAAGGUGAAUUUUUGGAUUUUUCAAUUUUCCUACCGUCCUUUUUUUAUAGAUUUCGGCACUGUGUGCAGUUUCUGGGGUUCCAAAUGAUCGCCUAAAGCUAAAAUCUUCACAAAAAAAAUAAAUAAUGAAAUUUGACUAUUUUGGAAGGAAGAUCUCCACUUGAAGCCCUUCUCCUUCUGUUUAUAAAUCCAUUUAUUUUUACUACUAAACAUUAUUCUAAAAAACACCUCUUUUAGAAUAUACAUAUUAUGUAAUAUCAAACAAUCCAGCGUUUGGAAAACAAAACUUUAGAGAUUUUCAAAGCUUGUAAGUCAAUAUACCUACCAACUAUCACUCAUUGAAAUAUUCUUAUCGAUGUACUAAACACCCUGUAAAAUAAAGAAAAAUUGAAACAAAGAAAAUGCGGAAAUACUCCAAGUGAAGGGAUAAAAAGUUGCUCACAAAACUCUAAACGCCUCCCAGUAAACACAUCUGUGACAUUCACGUGAAGUUCAGGUAUAUAAAUUUAAGAUUAUUUAUUUUUUACCAGGAAUAAUUCCAUGUCAAGUUUAUGUAAAUUCUAUGUUCCAACAGAGAUAAGAACCGUUCUAGAACGGUAAUUUCCAGUCGAUCAAUUCAUUAGUCAUUUAGGUCCAUUUUUUUUUUGUAUUUAUAAAAUGUAUUCUCCAGGAAAAGGCUUUUGCUGUUAAAUUUUUGUCUGUAAAUGAAAAGCUUGUCAUGAAGAAAACUAGUUUUCUCAAAUUUUUGAUUGCUAUAUCCUAUUCACAAUCCGUAGUCCAAAGGUGAAGGUAAAUUUAUAACCUUUCCCUAUCAAACAGCACUGAAACGUGAUAAAUUUUACCUUUACCUUUGGACAUCGGAUUGUGAACAAAUAAUAGGUAGAUACAUAUUUCUCUUUUUUUUUUUGGGGUUCAAUUUUUAUCUAUUUCAGGCUGUCUCAUUCAAUUUUUAUAAAUAACACGCAAAGAAAAUUCAAGAACUUCAGAAAUUCUUAUAAGAAUAGAGAAUAGGUAACUAUCAAGGUGCUGGAACUUUGAAGAUACAUUUCUAGAAAAUCACAAGAUAUGGAUCUGAAAUUUUCAGGACAUCUUUAUUUUACUGAAAGACUACAAAUCCUGAAAAUUUCAGCUCAUUUGGCGUAAUAGUUCCAGAGAUACAAUCCAGCUAUGGAAAAAAUAGAAAAUUUAAUAAUUUUCCAAUAAUAGUCCACAGUAGAGUUUAGCAUCAAAAACUUUGAAAUUUCAACAUUUUGGAAAAAAAUCUAGAGCUAUAUCUUUUCCAUUUUGGAUUUAUCAAGGUACCUACCUAUAAUACCUUGUAUCUCGAACGUUUUUUUGAACUAAAUUAUUAUGGUAAAAUACCUUGAUUUUUAGGCAAUUUUACUAAAAAAAGUGUAAACUGUCAGGAUACCUACAAAAGGUCGUUCUUUGGAAUUUCUACAAGUGAGAUUUUUGUAGAUAUUUUAGGGCGUUUGGUAUCAAAUAUACAAAUCCAGAAAUAAUUGAUUUUACAAGCAAUUUAACACAAAGAAAUACUCAAUAUUUCAAAAUUCUUCCUUAUUUCAGUUAUAAUUAAAAAGUCACCUUCAUAAUAUAGACCUACAAAUAAAAAUUCCCAUGGAUUCAAGAAACCGCAACAAACAAAAAAAAAGAUAAUCGCGGCGAAAACAUCCCAGUUAUCUGAGACUUUUAAUAUAAAAGCUCACUAGUUGGAGUAUUGUUUCAUAUUACCUAAGACAUUCAGUGUAGGUGAUACCUCCAGUUCAAGCUUCUAAUUAUUUUUUGAUUGCGCUGAAAACAAAACAAGCUAAAUGUCUGACAAGAAAAACAUUCUUUUGCUCUUCGACCGCCCUCAAGAACCUGCCUUUAUGCCUAAGGGCGACCAGAAGAAGGCAUUUGCAGUUCCACCAGAGUAUUUGAGCGAAAAAUACAAGCCAAUCGGCCCUCAAGUGACCAGCCGUUUCGGCGAAGAAGCUUCUGAACAAAUUCCAGUCAACCGCAUCACUAUUCCUCCUCUAGGAGAAAUUUUAGAGCUUCCAAGAGACUCUAACUUUUCGCUGUUUAUCCCUAAACAUCGCAAAUUAGCGGGAAGGCUUAUCGAUAUAUUUUUGGGCGUCCGCAAUGUAGACGACUUACUAUCUGUGGCAGUUUAUGCCAGAGAUCGUGUCAACCCUUACCUUUUCAACUAUGCUCUAUCAGUGGCCCUGCUUCACAGACCAGACACACAAGAUUUGGAUAUACCUUCUAUAAUUCAUUCAUUUCCCGAUAAAUAUUUGGACAGCAAAGUUUUUGCCAAGGCACGAGAAGAUGCUACUGUUGUUCCAGAAGGAUCCAGAUUACCUAUUGAAGUCCCCAAAGACUACACAGCGUCAGAUUUGGAAACUGAACACCGUCUAGCUUACUUCAGAGAAGACAUCGGCCUCAAUCUCCACCAUUGGCACUGGCAUUUGGUUUACCCAUUCGAAGCUGCCAGAUCUGUUGUAGCCAAAGACAGAAGAGGCGAAUUGUUCUACUAUAUGCACCAGCAAGUCAUUGCCAGGUACAAUUUUGAACGUCUCAGCAACAACCUGAAACGUGUCACGCGUUUUCUGGAUUGGGACGCGCCAAUCGAUGAAGCUUAUUUCCCAAAACUGGACAGUUUGGUAGCUAGCAGGGCGUGGCCAGCUAGAGUCAGCAACCAAAGAUUGCAAAAUGUUAACAGGGAAGUUGAUGGACUUAAACUUGAUGUUGAUGAUAUGAAGAGAUGGAGGGAUAGGAUUUUUGAUGCUAUCCAAUCUGGAAUGGUUAGAGAUAGGAGCGGUCGCCAAAUUCCUCUUACCGAAGAUGAAGGCAUUGAUAUUUUAGGAAAUAUGGUUGAAUCUAGUAUUUUAUCAGUAGACAGGGACUUUUAUGGAGAUCUGCACAAUACUGGCCAUAUUUUGAUUUCAUACAUCCAUGACCCUGAUCACAGACACUUAGAAUCAUUCAGUACCAUUGGAGACUCAGCUACAGCCAUGAGAGAUCCAAUUUUCUAUCGUUGGCAUGCAUUUAUCGACGAUCUCUUCCAAAAAUUCAAAGGAACUUUACCAAGAUACUCAGAAAAUCAGUUGAACAAUCCAGGUGUAACUGUGCAAAGUGUAGAUGUAGACGUCCAAGGCGGACAACAGAACGUCCUGCAAACAUUCUGGCAACAAUCUGAUGUUGACUUAUCCAGAGGUAUGGACUUCCAACCGCGUGGAUCUGUAUUUGUACGAUUUACCCAUCUCCAGCACAGAGCUUUCACCUACAAAAUCAAUGUGCAAAGUAAUCAACCUCGCGAAGGAACUUGCCGUAUUUUCCUGGCACCCAAAACCGACGAGAGAGGUAAUCCUUGGCUGUUGAGAGACCAAAGGCUCAUGUUUAUUGAAUUGGACAAGUUCAAAGUUGUUUUGAAGCAAGGGCAAAAUACCAUUAUGCGCAACUCCAUCGAUUCUUCAGUAACCAUUCCAUUUGAACGGACUUACCGUGAUUUGGACACUUCUCGUCCUCAAGGAGGUGAGCAAUUGUCCCAGUUCAACUUCUGCGGUUGCGGAUGGCCUGAUAAUCUGCUAAUUCCUAAAGGAACUCCCGAAGGUCUUCCUUGCCAAUUAUUCGUGAUGAUUUCUAACAUCGAAGGCGACAGAGUAAACCAGGACGCUUCUGGACAAUGCAACGAUGCCGAUUCGUACUGUGGUAUCAAAGACAAGUUGUAUCCGGAUCGUCGUUCCAUGGGUUAUCCGUUUGAUAGACUGCCAAGAGACGGAGUCGACACUUUGGAGCAGUUUUUGACUUCCAACAUGCGGGUUCAGGAUGUGAGUAUUCAGUUCCAGAACAGGACCUUCAAGCCACGCAAUUGAGGAGGAAUUUGGGAUUGAAUUAUGGAAUUUUUGUUUAAAUUUAAGCACGAAUUAUUGGGAAAUUAAUAAAUUUUAUUAGAAGAAUG